AUGAAAGCUCAAGUGAUCCACACCUUCGAUUCGCCAUACAUUCUCGAGGACGUUCCUUUUCCGGGUCCCCCACAAGGGCUUGAGCUUCUCAUUCGAGUUGGCGCAGCUAGUUAUUGCCACACAGAUGCCAUCUUUGCAUCGGGGAAAUUCGGGGGCAAUCUGCCCAUGGUGAGCUCCCACGAGUUUGCAGGUACUGUCGUCGCCCUUGGACCUGAUAUUGCCAAACUCAACGAUAUCAAUGAGGGCAUUCUUACCAAGCUUGAGAUCGGGAGCAGAGUGGGUGUAGCACCUCGUCCUUUCAACCCCUGUGGCAAAUGCUGGGAGUGUCGGAAUGCCCCCGGGGACCAAAUAGGGGUAGGGCAUGGGGUUAAAUUUUCACUGCGUUGCCCUCAGGCCUCUACGCUUGGAAUUAAUAUCUAUGGGGGAUUUGCCGAGUACGCGAUUGUGGAUUGCCGUCAAGUUGUGGUCUUGCCAGACAGUAUUUCAUUUAUUGAUGCUGCACCUCUGAUGUGUGCUGGAUACACGAUGUUUUCUGCUUUCAAGAAAGGCGACUUUAAACCAGGCUCUCGAAUAGGGAUUGUGGGCUGCGGUGGUGGCCUUGGGCAUGUUGGAUUGCAAUUCGGUGUUGCUCUGGGCUAUGAGAUGGUAGGCAUCGAUGCUCAAGAUGGUCCUUUACAGCUUGCAAAGAAUCUUGACACAGGGGCAAAGAUUUUCGAUGCAAGGGUAACAGAGCCCGAGGAUGUUCUCAAGGCCAUUGAUGACGGAGCGGUAAAAGAUCCACGCGAGCGUGGUGUUGAUGCGGUCAUGAUCUUACCGGAGACUCAGAGGGCCUUUGAAUAUGGAAUGAAGAUACUGCGUUAUCACGGCACGUGCAUGAUGAUAUCUACGCCUGCAAAGGGAUUUCAUGUAUCAUCACACGAUGUAGUUCUUCGCGACAUAAAGAUUGUUGGCGUUCUGCCCGGACGUAGGGCUUGGUUACUGGAGAUGUUCGAUGUUGUUGCAGAGAAAGGCAUAAGGCCUAUUUCAAAAAAGUAUACUUUAUCUCAAGUCAAUGAUCUUGUCAAGGGAUGUGAGGAAGGGCAUGGUGACCUCUGGACUCACGAAUCUGACUUUUCAUCUAUAUGCAGUGAUGAUACAUCCGUUGCAAUCGUCGAAAAAGAUGCACAUGCAGCUGCAAGCAUACACUUCCUCGAAAACAUAACAGCUGAUACCCGAAAAUACCGUGGAAUCCACCCAAUCGAGGCGCUACAAUCACACCAAGAAAGUCUAGGGAAACUCGUUCAGAAGGCGCUAUCUUCGCUACCACCUGUUGAGCAAGACGGUUCAACCAAUAAUGCCGCAUUGGCAUCGCAUAUACUACCAAGAACCGGAGAACCUACGAGACGCCGUCUACCUGAUUUCAUCUCUGUAACAAGGGGCCCGGGAAUGCGAUCCAAUCUCUCAGUCGGAUUAGAUACAGCCAAGGGUUUAGCUGUUGCAUGGCAAAUUCCUAUUGUAGGAGUGCAUCAUAUGCAGGCGCAUCUCUUGACGCCUCGACUCGUUUCCGCUUUGAAUAGCUCCGCAUCCAUCGAUUUACAGCCCAGGUUUCCCUUUCUUUCUGCACUUGUUUCCGGCGGCCAUUCCAUGCUCGUUCAUACAAAGUCACUACUCAAUCAUGAAAUUCUCGCCACAACAGCUGAUAUUGCCAUUGGCGAGACUCUCGACAAGUCUGCACGACUUAUACUUCCAGAAUCUGUGAUAGAAUCUGCAAAUACAACUAUGUACGGCAAAAUACUGGAGAAAUUUGCAUUCCCCAAUGGACCUGCCGAUUACGCUGACUACCAACCGCUGAAGAACCGCGGGGAGGAAGUUGUGAAACACAAUAAUAUCUGGGGCUGGUCCUUCACCACUCCGUAUGCCAACACGCGAGAUUUGAAAUUCAGCUUCUCCAGCGUCUCCAGUAUGGCCAGAAAGAUCAUGGCAGACAAGGCCAAAUCAAAUGUUGAGGUGACGCAAGACGAACGGGUUGCUCUAGCGCGGGAGUCGAUGCGUGUAUGUUUCGAGCAUCUAGCCUCGAGAACCAUCAUUGCUCUAGAACAUCUGCAAAGACAAUCGAAAUUGCGUCGCCGUCAUCAGGAAGUCGACAUAUUGGUGGUCAGUGGCGGAGUAGCUGCUAAUCGAUUCCUCAUGACAGUUCUACGAUCGUUCCUGGAUGUCCGUGGAUUUUCACACAUUCGGGUGAUUGCGCCGCCCCCGUAUCUAUGUACAGACAACGCGGCGAUGAUUGGGUGGGCGGGAAUAGAAAUGUUCGAAGCAGGCUAUACCACAGAUCUCAGCUGCAGGGCAAUUCGGAAAUGGACUUUGGACCCCAGUGCUGAAGAUGGUGGCAUUCUAGGGGCAGAAGGGUGGAUCAGGGGAGAGAAAGUGGAUCCUUAG